UCAUUUUAACGUCAAUGUGACAGUUGAGGUUAGAAUUGAAAAUGUCAAGUGAUUUUUAUUUGGAAUUGUCUGAGAACCCGGUCCGUUUUGAGGCCGUCAACCAGCUCACAAAUGUCUUCUUCGACGACUCGAACAAACACGUGUUCGCGGUGCGCUCGGGUGGCGUUAUGGGAGUGGUGGUCAAAGGCCCAACAGAGUCCGACAAACCGCUCAAUUUUCGAAUGGAAGACCACGGCCCCGUCCUAUCAAUAAAAUUCUCCCUUGAUCAGAAGGUUCUGGCAGUUCAGCGCUCAAACACGUCGGUUGAGUUUAUGAAUUUUAACGGAGCGACACUCGAUUCAGAGUACUCCCAAAGCUGCAAGAAGAAUUCGAACAUUUUGGGGUUCGUUUGGUCGCAAAAUAAUGAAGUUGCGUUCAUGACCGACCACGGAAUUGAACUCUACAUGAUCAUCCCGGAAAAAAAGUCACUCAAAUACCUUAAAACCACCUCGGCGACUGUUCAGUGGUUCGUCUGGUGCUCCUUAAACAAAAUCGCGCUUCUGGCAUCGGCUCAUGGGUCGCAGCUGCAGCCUGUGCUUUUUAAACCGGGGUCAAUAAGCAAACUGCCUAAAGUUGAAACCGAACCUGGCCGUAUGGCUUUAGAACGAGACGUAACUUUGUCCACUCUGUACGACAUUCCCGCUGUUUUAAUUCUGAGACAUCAGAGUGGCCCCCAGAGUGCUGAGGUCCAUGUACACACCUUAAGUGGCCCGGGACAAGCCGCCGUUAAAACACAUGUCUUGAAAUUGGGGCUUUCUGGGAGAUUUGCGAUUAAUAUCGUUGAUGAUUUGAUUCUGGUCCAUCAUCAGGCGUCACGAAGCUCGCAAAUAUUCGACACCGCUUUACCCGGAGAAAGCGACGGUACAGUAAGGUACCACACGACAGUGGCGCCAGCUAGGUCAUUUAAACCAGCUCAAAUAACUCUGCCUGGAUUGGUUGAACCUCAAUCACACCUUUGCGAACUAUAUUCUCCAAACUGGGUUGUUUUCCAACCGAAUAUUGUAAUUGAUGCAAAACUGGGGUGUUUGUGGCACAUUAACUUGUGCUUAGCUGAGCUGUGUAGCUCAAUCACUGACUUAGCCACUUGUACACAACUAGCGCUGAAGCGGACAAACGGCAAACCAAUAUUACUCAAACUGCUUCUUGAAGCUAUAAGACAACCUAAACCGCCUUUAGACAAAUUGCAAGAAUCCUUCAACCACAUAAACAAUGUCUAUCGAGAGUGCCUGGAGGCGGAGCUGCAGUCACACACUGCCUCCCCUCCAGGGGCCCCCUCCCUGAAACCGCCCCCUCUGUCAAGGGUCCAAAUCGACCAAAUGGACAUGUACAACGAAAUUUUCCAAAAAUUAGAAGCCGACAAAGAUCUAGGCAAGCUCGAGUGGACUUUGAUUAGUUACAUGACGUCGCUUUUCGAACAAGGCAUUCCAGCACAGCACAAUCUGAACGAAUUGCUGAUUACAACGCUCGUGAAGCGAAAAAAAUUCACAGCUUUGCAACAAUUGCUCCAGUAUGGGGUGGUUUCGGAUUCCAAACCCUUGGCUUGCUUGCUCUUAUCACUGGGUAAUUUGCACCCAGCGGCGUCUCAGUUGGCGCUCGAUAUGUUGGCAAGACUGAACGCCAUUGAGGAGAUACAGGAGAUUCUCUUGAGUGAGGGGCAGGUCUUGUCGGCCCUUAAACUGGGGCAAGAAAAUGCCAACCCAAGGAAAUUUCUCCAAGCGGCCCAAAAUACAGGCGAUGACGGGAUGUUUCAUAGCGUUUUGUAUUAUUUUAAAAAUACGUCGCAGUUCGCGGGGGCUUUUAGCAAAGAUGAAAGACUGAACCAAUUCGUACAGCAGUACAACUCAACGUUUUUAGAGAAAUAACUAAUAAAUAACAUGUAUAUAUUUUAUUUGUACAAAUAAUAAAAAUAUAAAUAUCACAAA